GCUUUGGCCUACCACUCCCAUCAUCCCUCCCUCACCACUGGCCAUGCUGGCUGGGGCUGCUGGGAGUGGUAGGCCAAACAGCCGGAGGACAACCAGUGGCUCAUUCUAGCGUGAAAGGAUUUUCAGGCCUUUACUCCUCUUGAGCCAAGCAGAUUUUGCAAAAAUGAGCAAGAAUAUUCAGGAGCUACGGGAAGCACUGCAAAGGCAAACCCAAGAGACCUUGAAACUCCAGGAGGAAGCCACCAAGUUCUCCAUGGAAUCCUUGGCACGUCGAGAAGGAGCCUCUUCACCUUCUGUGUUGACAAGUUCAGGUGGUUCUGUUCAAUUUGUGGUCAGUGGAAAUCUACCAUCUGCCAGCAUGCGCAGCACAGGGAUGGAGAGCUCUGCUUACUCUACCGCUAGUGCUGCCAGCUCUAGCCCCCCUAAACUUACACAUACUCAACUUGAACCGGACACUGACAGCCAGAAAAGGCCCAGUAACUAUCCAAAGAAAGAGCAAGUCGAUUCUAUCUUGGAAGAAUAUGUGCAGCAAGUCAGAGACCUGCAGAAGAGGCUAAGUGAAGCUCAAGAGCAACAUGAGCAACAGAAAUUUGGUUUAAGACAGACAAUAAUUGAGUUGCAGACAAACCUUCGGGAUGUGAUAAGGGAAAAAGACUCCAUUACUGAUCUGAGACGAAAAGAAACCCAGACCCAAGAGGAUCUCAGCAGCAAGAUGAAGUCAUCAAUUAAUGAGCUGCAGACAGCCAAUCUGCUUCAGGAGGAGAUGCUGAAGGAAGCCAACAACCAGGCAGAGCAUCUCAGAAAGAUGAUACGUGGCCACGAAGAUGUGCUCCAGGAACUCCGAAAUGUUUUAAUGAACUUUGAAGAAAAGUCAAACAAGAAAAUCUAUGAACACGAGAACAUCAGCAGUCUCCAUGUCUGCAACUUGCCCACCGCUUUUGCCAAAGUCCUGCGCGACCUAGAUUCAGAGGUGUCUCAUCUCAAAGGCAGGCUUAGCCCAAUGGAAGAAAAACUUGAAGGGAUGAGGAGAGAAUCACACUGCAAAACACAGCUUUUGCUCCAACAGCAUCAAGAGAGCAUUGAGAGGCUGAUCAGUGAACAUGAACAGGAAUUGGAAAUACUGAGUGAAAAAGUGAAUGCCUCCCGAAGCCACGCGAGCAAUAUCCAGACCCAGCUGGAAAUCAUUCAAGAACAAGCAAGAAACCAAAAUUCAUUGUACAUGCGCCAAAUCAGUCAGCUGGAAAGCACAGUGUCUCAGCUGCGUUCUGAGCAACGAGAGUCAAAGAGGAUAUCUCAGGACAGGAUAGACGAACUGGAGAAAGAGCUGCAUCUGCUUCACUCUGAAAUGGCUGAAGCGCAGAUCGAAAGGGAUCAGUACAGCCAAGAAUCUGGAAACUUAGAUGAUCAAGUUCGCCGGUUGGUGAGUGAGGUGCAUAAGAAAGACAUGGAGCUCAAUCUGGAGAAGGAGCAGAAUAAGCGCCUCUGGGAUCGGGACAGGGAGAGCAGCGUCACCAUCGACCAUUUGCAGAGAGAGCUGGACAGCAAGGCCAUGGAGCUGCAGCGCAUGGAUUCCCUUGUGAAGUCCAUGAAGAUGGAGUCCCAGGAGCAAAUGGAACGUCAGAUGGCUGCAAUUAGAGAGAAGAAUGAAAGCAUAGAAAAGGUGACCUCCAUCGCUGCCCAGCAAGAGUCCACCAAGGACAUGCUCCAUAAAGUUGUUGAAGAGCUGACAGAAAUUAAGGUAGCCUUGGAGACCAGUGAGAAACAAGUGGCUGAGCUGACAUCAUGCCUGCAAGAGAAGGACAGAGUGAUUGAAUCGACCAACGAGGAAAUCCAGAAGCUCCAUGGGCAGGCACACAGCAAAUCGCAGGAGCUGCAGCAGCUGAAGAACGAAAUGGAUCACUUGCGGAAUCUGCAGUCAGACUGCGAGUCCUUGAAGCUGCAGCUGAUGGAAAAGGAGAAGGUGAUUGAGAUCCUGCAGAAGCAAGUUGAGAACAUGACCCAGAUGGUGGGCCAGCACAGCCGGACUGCAGGUGCAAUGGAGAUGGAAAAAUCGCAGCUUUUGAAAGAAGUGGGUGAAAAAAAAUUGGAGCUUCAAGAAAUAAAGAUUUUGCAGGACAAGAAAGACGGCCAGAUUCGUGAGUUGGAGGCCAACUUGAGUGAGAUGGAACUGGAGAAGAUGAAAUUGAUGAACAUAAGCUCUGAGAGGAUUCGAGCACUGAAAGAGAUGGCACUGGAAAGAGAAGAACUUAUGCACGAAAUAAAAACCAGUCGCAUUGAGCUUGCUGCCCUUGCAGAGGAGUCCGAAGCUUUAAAAAACGAUUACCGAGAGAGGAGCGAAGAGAUGGAGACAACAGUGAGCAAGCUGAAAGUGCAACUGAAGUCUGCACAAAUGGAACUUGAGCAAACCAGGGCCACCCUGAAAACUAUGGAGGGGUCUGAUGGCCACGCAAUGAAAGUUGCAAUGGGGAUGCAGAAACAAAUCACAGCCAAACGAGGACAAAUAGAUGCUUUACAGACCAAGAUUAAGUUUUUGGAGGAAGCAAUGAACAAUGCAACUAAGGAGAAGCAUUAUCUGAAGGAAGAGAGGCAUAAGUUAAGCCAAGAACUUAGCUGCAUGGCUGCUUUAAACAACAAAAUGGCUGGAGAGUUGGAGAUUCUAAAGUCCCAGGACAAACGCUUGAAAGAAAAGCUUGUGACCAUGGAGGCAGCUCUGGAUAAGGCAUCGAUGCAGUUUGCAGAAUGCCAGUGUAUUAUGCAGCGGCAGGAACAGGAAGUGAUGCGCUUCAAACUUCAGCAUGCUUUGGACGUAAAAGAGCUGCAGGGCCCAGGAUAUGCACUGGGAUCCUCUGUGCUGAAGCAGCGCCAUUCCGCCUUGCCUCACUCCCACCCGUGCAGCGCUCCAUCUUCCCAAGCCUUUGCAGGCCACAUCACCCUCAUGCCCUCCAGAUCUAGUUUUGUUAAGGAGGACCCGCUGCAUGAGUUAAAGCACCUUCUUAAAGAAUUAAGGAGUACAGUUGAUGAAAUUCCCUCCACAAUUCUUCCCAGAAGAGAGAAUGACAGUGAGAGCGAUUCAGUUAUAGAAGAUCAUAGCCAUACAUUAGACCUCGGGAGCAGAGAAUGCAUUGGCAGAAGAGCAUUUGAUUCCUAUAGCAGGGAGGCUGCAGUCAGAGAUGUCCCUUCGGAGACCACCAUGGGGCAGGAUACUUUCAGCAGGGAACCUUUGACAUUACACAUGGCAGACCUGGAAGAUCAUGAUGCGACCCUCCCAUUCACAUCCAGCGUGACUCGAUCGAUCUUCAGUUCCACUCCUCGUUUUACAUCUUCUAAAAAACUGUCCCCCAAGGAGAGGCACAAAGAUAGGUCUCCCGUGCACUCGCUGUUAACUGCUUCACCGGACGACCUUAAGGCAACUCCUGCAUCCUCUUUGGAGCACCGGUCAAGUCUGAAGAAGAGCAGCUCCCCAGAAGCUACACCCUCAGCCACCUGUACAACUAAUCAAGCAGGAGAAGCAGAUGAAAGCACAUGCAGGAAAAUACAGAACAAGAUGGAGAAUCUGCAGAACCUGGUGGAAACGUUGCAGUUGGGAAACCAAGCAAUGUCUACAAUGAUCAGAUGCCAGGGGAAGAAGAUUGAGCGAGCAAAGGAAAAGGAGAAGAAGCUUUCACAGUGAAGCACGGUAUGGCUUGCAAUCACUCGGGUGUAUCUAGAUUGUGCUCUGCUGAAUGGAAUGUUAAGAGCCUAUGGAAAGUGUUUGAUAAUAAAAGUUGGCCUCGUU